AUGUCAACCUUUCGCUUUCGAUUUCUCCGGGCUGCCUUCGGGGACGGUCCCGUCCCGCAUGGGGCAGCGGGCGGGCCCCGGCGGUGGCGGCUGCGGGAGCGGGACCCCGGCCGGGACACCAUGAGGCUGGUCCUCGCCAUGGUGCUGGUCACGCAGCUGGAGCGCUCGGAUGCCGCGGGCUGUGAGCCGGGCGAGUACCCCAAUGGCACCGAGUGCUGCCCCAUGUGUGCUGCGGGAUGGCGGGUUUUCAAGCACUGCACUGCCAGAUCCAGCACAACGUGCAUACCUUGUGUGGAGGGGACCUACACAGAUCACCCCAAUGGUUUAACACGCUGCAGGACAUGCAAACUGUGUGAUGAAGGGGCCAACCUGGUGACAGCAGCAGCGUGUACCUACACGAAGAACACGGUGUGUGGCUGUCGGCCAGGGCACUUCUGCACCUCCUCUGGGCCUGAAGGCUGUGAGCUGUGCCAGCCCUACACUGUCUGUGUGCCUGGCACUAUGGUCAAAGAAUGGGGUACAGCCACCAAGGACCAUGUGUGUGAAGUCUGUCCUCCUGGCACCACUUCCACAGCCAACAUGUCUGUGGCCUGCACACCAGGGCCCAAACGUAAGAAGCAGGACCUACUCAUAUUCACAGCAAUCCUUGUCUGUGUUAUGGUGGUGUUGACUGCUGCAGCUGCCUUCAUGGAAGCCUGUCAAGGGCUUCGAAGGAAAAUGAGAAGUCGUGUGCCACCGGUGCAGGAGUCCGAGCUUUAACAGCGUGGUCAGGCUUUGAGGUCCAUGGAGGAGAAAGGGACUCAAGCAACUGUUCCUGUGCAAGAAGUUGGUGCUGACCUUGAAGAAACCAAGCCUGAAUCAGAGAGUCUUGUUUGACCCAUGACAGACAAUGGGGAUGAUUAAAAACAACCAAGCACAAACCCUUUUUUCCUAAAACUUUGUGAAGGGAAAGUCAGUUUAGAAAUUCUUUCGUGUCUGCUGAGAACUGGUUUUCCUUUUGGUGGUCAAAUAAGAGACAAGUCAAGAAGAGAGUUCUGACAUUUCCUUCUGAAAACUCCAGGAGCACCCAGCAAAUCCACCACUGGUUUUGUGUUUGCUGUUUUGUGGCUGGUCUGACUGUGUCAUAAUGAUCAGUAAAGAGAGGAACUGUGAAAGUACAAAUCUUUUUUCCUGACCUUUUUUCUCUUUGGUAAGUUCUUUAGUAGCUGGUUAAUGUUUCAUUAACUUUGGAUAUUUUCCAACAUUUCCAACUGUAGAAACUGGUAAUUGUUAACUCCUUCUUGUGUCUCUGCAAUGCCUGUGCAUGAAGGGUCCAUUGUAAAUAAAAAAGCUUUUUGAGCAAACUUUCGAGAUAAAACCACAUCCCCAAGUGGAGAAAGUUUAGAGAACAAUGACAGGGCACCUUCAGCCAUUUCUGUACUACAACCAAUCUUCUGCUAAGUUGUGUUUUAGGUUUUUUUUAAUUGUCUAAUGACUUAUCUUGUUGCUGAAGGCCCUCUUUGUCAUCCUGCUGCUGCACCUGCACCUCUGUGACCUGUGGCUUUUACAGACUGUGUCGUUUCUGAAUUGUUAAUAAAGUGAUAAUAAAUUUACUGAGGUAAAUAAACA